AUGGCUCUGAAGUCGCUUAAUACCGCGGAGUUCACUGAUGCUAGUCAUUCAGCCGUUCUUCACCGUGAUCUACGGAGUCAAAUUGCGCGGGUAAUUGGCGGAGAGGGCCACUGUUAUGUGCUGGAAGGUGGCAGGAAGAUAUUCGAUGCCUCUGGAGGCGCCGCAGUGGCGUGUCUUGGCCACGGGGACCAGAGAGUGGCAGAUGCUAUGAUGCGGCAGCUAGGCGGUAUCGCAUACAGUCCUUCGACAUUUUUCACGACGUCGGUAUGCGAACAACUGUGUCGGUUCCUCGUCGAUUCGACCAACGGCCACAUGUCACGAGCCUACCUAGUCAAUAGUGGAUCUGAGGCUAUAGAGGCAGCCAUGAAACUAGCAAGGCAGUACUAUUUGGAAAAGGAAACAGCUGAACCGCAGCGGCAUCUCUUCAUAGCGCGAGAGCAGUCCUAUCACGGAACAACAUUAGGCGCACUGUCGAUGGGAGGCCACGUGGCCCGUCGAGCUAACUUUGCGCCUAUGCUUAUCGACAGCAUUGUUUCACGCGUUUCCCCAUGCUACGGAUACAGGCACAAGACGUCAGGCGAAUCGGAUGAGUCGUAUGUUGCAAGACUCGCCCAGGAGCUCGAGGAAGAGUUCAUCCGGGUGGGCCCAGAGAAAGUAUGCGCAUUCGUGGCGGAACCGGUUGUUGGAGCUGUAAGGCGAUCCACUGAAGCAGCGUUAAGCGGUACCAAUUUGGUUGAUCCGACUGACAUGUUCGUGCAGGCCUUGGGCUGCGUCCCAGCCGUGACCGGCUACUUCCGAGAGAUGAAGUCAGUCUGUGAUCGAUAUGGAGCGCUUCUAAUUCUGGACGAGAUCAUGUGCGGCAUGGGCCGUUCGGGAACACUCCAUGCGUGGGAGGACGAAGAUAUGGUACCCGAUAUUCAGACGAUCGGUAAGGGGCUAGGCGGGGGUUACCAACCGAUUGCAGGCGUUCUAGUCAGCAAUAGAGUGAGCGAGGCGUUGGAGAAGGGCUCCAGGUGUUUUGUUCAUGGACAUACAUAUCAGGGCCACCCCGUUGCGUGUGCAGCAGCGCUCGAAGUGCAGCAGAUCAUCAAGGAAGAGGGUCUCCUCGAUAACGUACGAAGCAUGGGCCGAGUGCUGUCGGAGCUCUUGAGAGAAGGACUCAGAGAUGUACCUUAUGUUGGAGACAUUCGCGGCAAGGGACUAUUCUGGGGCAUUGAGUUUGUGCGAGAUAGGGACAGCAAGGAGCCGUGGCCCCAAGAGGCACAGGUUGCGGCGGGAAUCAGUGAUCUUGGACGCACAGAGGAGUAUGGAAUAGUCGUCUAUCCCGGAGCAGGCACCGUAGACGGCAUAUUGGGCGACCACAUCAUUGUGGCGCCGCCAUACACUGUGACAAAGAACGACAUCGAGUAUGUUGCGAGGACGGUGACAAGGCUGAUCAAGGGGUAUUUCUCAAUGUUGGAAUAG